AUGCGGGGCGAAGGAGGCGGCAGCGGCGGGGCUGGCCGGGCGCUGCGCUGCGCUCUGGCCGCGGCCGGCUUGAUCUCGGCGCUGAGCGCCGUCGGGACCCUCUUCCUGCUGGCUCAGUGGCGGGAGCUGAGCGCGGCGUUGCGGGAGCUGCAGGAGGAGGCGAGGCAGCUGCGGGCGGCGCCGGCAGCCGGGGGUCCCGCGGCCGCGCUCCAGGCCUGGCUGGCGCCCAUCGCUCCCACCGACGGCCCACCGAUGGCUGGCCGGGCCAAGCGGAGCCAGCAGCAGCAGCAGCGGCGGCGCGGCCUCGCCAAGGGUCACCUGCGAGCGGAGAGCGAGGAGAUGCUGAUGCUGAUGACUUACUCCAUGGUGCCGGUCCGGGUACUGCUUGAGUUGUGCAACAGCACAAAAGGAGUGUGUUUAACAGGUCCACCGGGAUUGCCAGGUUCCUCUGGAAUGGAUGGAUUGCCUGGUUUGAAUGGAUCUGAUGGUGCUCCUGGCAUUCCUGGACAAAGAGGUGAACCAGGAAAAAGAGGGAAAACAGGACUGAAGGGUGACCCUGGAGAGAAGGGUGAAAAAGGAGAUCGUGGUGAAAUUGGCACACCUGGAAAAGAGGGGGGACGAGGUGAAAAAGGCUCCAGAGGGCCCAAAGGGGACAAAGGAGAAGCAACCAAUGAACUGGUGUCUGAAGGUGAGAAAGGGGAUCCUGGUCCUCCAGGACCUCCUGGUCCCCCAGGGCCUCAGGGACCACCAGGGCCUCAAGGACCACCAGGAACCUCAGGGAAGCGUAAAGCCAAGCCCCAGGAGGAGAAGAUCUACAACACCGAAUGCACAGGAGAGACUUGUAGCAUUCCAAACGAUGAUACUCUCACCGGGAAAGCCAAAGAGCAAGGCCAUCUCCAUCCACGCAGGAAACCUGAAAACACGAUCGAGUCUAUUGGGAGCCCCGAAGAGAUCGUCAAACUGAAGCAAAGUUACGGGGCGUGGAUGGUAGAUCUCGGAAACCGCUCUGAUGAAAAGAUCUGGAUUGCUGAGCAUUUCACGGGACAUGUAAUCAAGGAAUACCAGGACCUCAAUGCAUUGUGGAAUGGCAACUAUACCACCAUUGAACUGCCCUGGUCAUAUUAUGGAUGUGGCCAUGCCAUCUACAACAAUGCUCUGUACUACCAACGGGUGGGACGCAACAUUGUUGUGAAGUACCACUUCGAGACGGGCAUCUCCAAAGUGCUCUUCAUUGAGAACUCUUGGUACUAUGAGCGCAUGUAUCUCUUCAGUACCUCCAAGUCCUACUUCAGCAUCGCAGCGGAGGAAAACGGUCUCUGGGUGAUGUAUCUUUCCCGGCCCGAUGAACACAUCAUGGUGGCAGAAGUCGAGGAGGAGACCUUUUCUGCGUUGCGGCACAUCAACACCACCUACCCGCAGUCCAAGGCGGGCAAUGCCUUUGUGGCUGGCGGGGUGCUCUAUAUCACCGAUAAGAACCACAUGCACGUGGCUUUCGCUUUCGACCUCUUCCGCGAGAAGCCGUUGGAGGCCCGCUUCGAGCUGAAACUGUCCCUCUCUUUGGAAGGGUUCGAACAGAAAGUGUCUCCAGCCUCCAAUGGGACCUUGGUCCCGGUGUUGGCCAUGCUCUCCUACAACUGGUUGAAUAAGCAUCUACAUACCUGGGAACAUGGGUUUCUGAUACAGUAUCCCGUCCACUUUCUCGUCUAGCAUUGGACAGCC